UCUGCACGUCGAUAGUCGUGAAAAUCGAUAGCGUCGACAGGUCGGCGAUUAAUCAAUAGUGCAAUGUUUACAAAAUACUUCAGGUGCAUGUCGCUGAGAGGGCGAUUUUAACUAGUUUUAGUCAUGUCUAGUCGUAGUUUAAGUGCAAUUCUCCUGCUCCUGGGGGCGUUUGUGGCCACCUGCCACGCCUCCAACGGGGACCGCACCCAGUUUUUUCACAACUGUCGGCAAAACUGCGAGCGAACAAACUGUUCGGCUGAUGGCCUGGAGAUCCAAGAGCAGGCGGUAAAGUUCUACAAGCAGUCGGUGUUUGAUCGGCUCUUCCAGUGGAGCUGCGCGGACGAGUGCCAGUAUGGCUGCAUGUGGCGCACGGUGUUGGCCUUCUUCGAGCGCGGAUGGCCCAUUCCGCAGUUCUACGGCAAGUGGCCUUUCCUACGACUGCUGGGCAUGCAGGAGCCGGCCUCGGUCAUCUUCUCCGGACUCAACUUCGCCGUACACCUGCGCCUGCUGCGAAAAUUUCGGCGGGAAGUCCGUCCGGACAGUCCCUGCUACAUGCUGACCCACAUAUUCGCAGUGACGAGCCUCAACGGCUGGGUCUGGUCCGCCAUCUUUCACACGAGGGACUUUCCGCUGACCGAGCUGCUGGACUACGCCUUUGCCUACUCCAUUAUCCUGUGCUCGCUGUACGUUAUGGUCAUGCGGAUGCUGCACCGCUACUCCCUGUUUCUGCGGGGUGUGAUCUCGCUGGCCUUCCUCUCCUACUACAUUAACUACUUUGCCUACCUGAGCGUGGGCCGGUUCAACUACUCCUUCAACAUGAUGGUGAACGUGGCCACGGGAGUGGUCGCAGCUGUUGGCUGGUUCGUUUGGUGCCACUUCGUGCGCACUCGUAGGCCCUACUUCCGGAGGAUCCUGCGCUUCUACGUUCUCAUGGCUCUGGCCAUGAGCCUGGAGCUGCUGGACUUUCCGCCCAUUCUCUGGAUUCUGGAUGCACACGCUCUUUGGCACCUGGCCACGGUUCCGCUGGCAUCUCUCUACUACGACUUCAUGAUCGAGGAUUGCCGAACCCUGCGAAAAGAGAAGGUUGCGGCUGGCGGCUAUGCUUUCUACAACUAGGACUUUAGAGAAUGGCAGAUUCUGGUUAACGUCCUGUUGUCUUUCCUCAUGAAUUCCCUGCCUCUAGUGACAAAGCUUAACUGCCAGUUUAAAUUUCUUCAGGAAUUCAUGCGGAAAGCAUCUACGGCAAUGAUUAGAUUUACACGCUUCAUUUAAAAAGACAUAAUAUAGACUUUAUUACAACAUUCA